CUCACUCUCCGAGUCAAGGGAAUAUCUAUCUGUACAGUACUGUAGUACCACACUCUCUCUCGCCUUACUCAAUGGUCACUUGCAAGCCUUCAAAGUUCAGCUUCGGAAUUCUUCCUCUCCAAUUAACCGCGAUUCGAGUUCCUAGAAAUGUACAACUCUCCACCGGAAGCCAGACCGCUCGCAGCAGCAAUUUCAUGGUGUUGUCCUCCAAAUGGAACGCCUCUGUAACUCAAUACUCUUCGAAGAACACAGGAAACCAAAGAUUGAAGAGCCAGAGGAAACGAGAAGAGGAAGAAGAAGAAGAAGGAGGAGGAGGAAAAGAUGGCGAAGAAGAGGAAGGAGAGGAGAUAAAUGUGCAUUGCGAAGUAGAGGUGGUUUCAUGGAGAGAACGCAGAAUUAAGGCCGAAACUCUGGUCCAUGCCGAUGUCGAAUCGGUUUGGAAUGCUCUCACAGAUUACGAACGCUUAGCCGAUUUCGUUCCCAAUUUAGUCUCCAGUGGGAGAAUUCCGUGCCCAUAUCCGGGGCGGAUAUGGUUGGAACAAAGAGGUUUCCAAAGGGCACUCUAUUGGCAUAUUGAAGCUCGGGUUGUUUUGGACCUUCAAGAGAUUAUCAAUUCAGAUUUUGAUCGUAUCCUCAUUUUUUCUAUGGUCGAUGGGGACUUCAAAAAGUUUGAAGGCCAAUGGUCUGUAAGAUGUGGUACCAGAUCAUCUACGGCUAUUUUAUCAUAUGAAGUUAAUGUGAUACCAAGAUUCAACUUUCCUGCCAUUUUCUUGGAACGAAUAAUUAGAUCAGAUCUACCUGUUAAUCUUCGAGCCUUGGCUUGUAGAGCUGAAAAAAGUUUUGGAGGGAAUCAGAACAUGGCAGUUACUGAAAACUCCACUCAAACUUCUACAGCUGUUGGUAGUUCACUGAAACUGAAUGUUGAUAGUGCUUUGAACGGAAAGGAUAAUCUAUCACCUGCAGAGCUCAAAGAGGGUUUCUCAACCUCUAAUCUUGGUCCUUUGACCCCUUCUUUUAGUGACUCAAACAGUAAAUUGGGCAUAUUAGGAAAAGCUUGCAGCCUUGAUAGGCAUGGCUUGGUGGAUGAGGUUCACCUUCGUAGAUUUGAUGGUUUAUUGGAAAAUGGAGGUGUCCAUCGAUUUGUCGUGGCUAGUAUAACAGUCAAAGCUCCUGUUCGUGAAGUAUGGAAUGUUUUGACAGCUUAUGAAAGUCUUCCCGAGAUAGUUCCAAAUUUAGCAAUCAGCAGAUUAGUAUCAAGAGACAACAACAAAGUUCGCAUUCUUCAGGAAGGAUGCAAGGGCCUUCUUUACAUGGUACUUCAUGCUCGUGUUGUCCUGGACUUGUGUGAAAGCCAUGAACAAGAGAUUAGUUUUGAACAGGUUGAAGGUGACUUUGACUCCUUUCAAGGAAAAUGGCUUCUUGAGCAGCUAGGCAGUCACCACACCCUGUUAAAGUAUACAGUCGAGUCAAAAAUGCACAAGGAUACGUUUCUUUCUGAAGCUAUUAUGGAAGAGGUUAUAUAUGAAGAUCUUCCUUCAAAUUUGUGUGCAAUACGCGACUACGUAGAGAAGAGGGAGGCAGCUCGCUCUUCAGUGACACAUGAUCAAAGAACAUGCUUGGAGGAACAAAUUAGUUCAUCAGAUAUUGACAUUGAUGAUAAUUUGGGUCCAAUAGCUGAUAAAAAAUCAGAUUGCAGCUGUCAAAGUUCAUCAAGACAAAGGCCUAGGGUCCCAGGCUUGCAGAGGGAUAUUGAAAUUCUUAAAGCUGAGCUUUUAAAGUUCAUAUCUGAACAUGGGCAGGAAGGAUUCAUGCCCAUGCGAAAGCAACUACGUUUACAUGGAAGGGUUGACAUUGAGAAGGCAAUCACACGCAUGGGUGGUUUUAGAAGGAUAGCAUCAAUGAUGGACCUUUCUCUUGCCUAUAAAAAUCGUAAGCCAAAGGGUUACUGGGAGAAUCUUGAAAAUUUGCAAGAAGAGAUAGAUCGAUUUCAAAGGAAUUGGGGAAUGGAUCCGUCAUUCAUGCCCAGUAGAAAGACAUUUGAGCGUGCAGGUCGCUACGACAUUGCUCGUGCACUAGAAAAAUGGGGGGGUCUCCGUGAAGUUUCGCGUCUACUGUCACUGAAGGUGAGGCAUCCCAACAGGCAGACAAACUUUGCAAGAGAGAAGAAAACUGAUAAUGGAGCAGCAACUCCUGUGGAGGAGAAAAACAAGACAUCAUCUAAUCCUUACAUUUCUCAAGAUACACAAAAAUGGAUCUCUAAAUUAAAGCAUUUGGAUAUUAAUUGGGUUGAAUAAAAAGUCUCUAAUUUAGUACUUGUGUGUACAUACCUUAACCGUGUAAUCAGUCUUCCUAUAUUGAUUUGGUUAAAAAUAUAUAUUAUAGUUAAAUGUGUACGACUUUUCAAUGAUGACGUUAGUAAGGUGGUUAUUUUUUGAACAA